UGCAAGAAGAACGACGGUCAUUCACAUCAAAUCACUGUGGACAGCAAAUUGAAACAUUACGAGCAAUUCUAUAGCUGUUUUAGAGCCUUGGUAUUUUUCGGAACGAUGUCCUUCCCUGGCAAGACUACGUCAAGCGUUGAAUACAACGACCCCCAAGCUUCUUUCUGUACAAGGGUAUUACAAAGAAUGAACACUUUUCGUCACCAAGGACUUUUAUGCGAUGUGACCAUCACAGCAGAACAGACAGAUUUUGCUGCCCACAAAGGAAUACUAGCAGCAUCAAGCGAUUAUUUCCAAGCUCUUUUUACAACGGCAAUGAUAGAGAAGGACAGCGAAAAAAUAUACUUGGAGGUUUCUUCGUCAAUUGUUAAUGAUUUAUUAACCUUUCUCUACACGGGAAAAACUGAUAUUAACGAAGCUAACGUUAUAGAGCUGCUGGUAGCUGCUGACUAUUUGGUCAUCCAUGAACUCAAAGAACAAUGUGCUGACUAUCUUGUACAUCUUCUCUCAUCUGUGACCUGCAUAAAGAUCUAUACGCUAGCUUUACAAUGUAAUUGUCCAGUGCUUAGGGCCAAAACAGAGAGAUUCAUUCUUAAAAAUUUCGUAUCAGUUUUGGAGAAUGAAGACUUUAAUUCUCUGGAUUGCUACCAGUUUGAGGGUAUCAUAAAUAAUGACGACCUCGUGGUGAAUGGCGAAGAAGAUGUUUAUAAAGCCAUACUUUUGUGGAUGAAUGGCUGUGAAGAAAGAAAACCGUAUUUUGAAAGAUUGUUUGGCCUUCUUCGUUUGUCCUCACUGCCAGAAGAUUUUAUCAUCAAUAACAUUGAGAAUGAGCCGUUAGUCAGGCAAAGCCCUACUUGCAAAUCACUUGUUCAUCAGAGACUACAUUCUUCAACUUUUUCCAGCACUAGUGACGAUAUAGUACAAGUGAUUCAGCCGAGAAAGUGUCUACGAAAAGAAUUCCAAGGACUAGUAGUUGUUGGUGGAAUAUCUGGAGGUAAAGUCCUCAAAGACACUUUGGUUUUCAACCCUAUUGAUAAAAGUUGGACUGCUCUAGAGCCUUCUGAAUGUGAACGAGAAGAACACGUCGUUGUGGCAUGUAAAGGUAGUCUUUAUGUUAUUGGUGGAAUGAAAAGAUCACAAAGCAUAGACUGUUACGACCCUAGAAGUAACACUUGGUCUACCGUUGCUCACUUGCCCGAAAGAGCCAUCACGUCUGCUGGAGUUUGUCUCGAUUGUAAAAUUUUCAUCAUCGGAGGAAAAAAUGGGUUUGAAACUGUGUCAUGGGUGUACUGCUUCGACCCUUCCAACAACCAGGUACAAAGAGCAGCGUCAUUAACAUUCCCUCGCAAAGCUCUUUGUGCUGUGGCACUAGAAGGAGAGAUCUAUGCCAUUGGUGGCUGCACAUACGACAAUGAUUCAUUAAACGUCGUCGAGAAGAUGAACCCCAACGAUGGAAAUGAGUGGAAACAAAUAUCUCCAUUGAGAGAGCAUCGAAAGUAUGCCAGCGCAGAGGUACUGGCCAACAAGAAGAUCUUGGUGGUUGGAGGAUAUCAAGAUACGAAUCCAACGGCUUUGGACAGUUGUGAAGUGUACAGCACUGAAACUAAAGAAUGGCAAAUGGUUUGUAGUUUAGUGAUGCCUCGUGCUGCGUCUGCCAUGGCUUGUAUUGAUAACCAGUUGUACAUUGUUGGAGGAAGAACUGAUCGACGAAGCACAGACACCAUAGAAUAUUAUGACGAGAAUAAUAAUCAAUGGUGUAUGUCACCUGUAACACUGCCUUACCCCUGUGCAUGGAUGCAAUGUACUGUUCUUGAUGUCCCUAAGACACUACUUCAUGAUACAGCACAGACACCAUAGAAUAUUAUGACGAGGAUAAUAAUCAAUGGUGUAUGUCACCUGUAACAUAGCCUUGCCCCUGUGCAUGGAUACAAUGUACUGUUCUUGAUGUCCCUAAGACACUACUUCAUGAUACAGCACAGACACCAUAGAAUAUUAUGACGAUUAUGAUAAUCAAUGGUGUAUGUCACCUGUAACAUAGCCUUACCCCUGUGCAUGGAUACAAUGUAGUACAGCACAGACGCCAUAGAAUGUUAUGAUGAGGAUAAUAACCAAUGGUGUAUGUCACCUGUGACAUUGCCUUGCCCCUGUGCAUGGAUACAAUGUGCUGUUCUUGAUGUCCCUAAGACACUACUUCAUGAUACAGCACAGACACCAUAGAAUAUUAUGACGAUUAUGAUAAUCAAUGGUGUAUGUCAACUGUAGCAUUGCCUUACCCCUGUGCAUGGAUACAAUGUGCUGUUCUUGAUGUCCCUAAGACACUACUUCAUGAUACAGCACAAACACCAUAGAAUAUUAUGACGAUUAUGAUAAUAAAUGGUGUAUAGUAUGUCACCUGUAGCAUUGCCUUACCCCUGUGCAUGGAUACAAUCACAGGUAGCCCAAGCUUGGUUUCUGCGUUGUCCUGUUAUAAGGAAAUGUAUGGGGAUUCAUCAAAAAAGUCAAUAAAAUCAUUGAAACGUG